GCCCCCUCCACCAGACCCACUUCCCGCGAGCAGCAGCAUAACAUACCUACACACUCGCUUGCGCUCUUUCUUGCACACGACAACACACUCCACCACGGUCCAUAGCACGCAGUUCAUUUAAGGUUCUUGCGCUUGAAGAAUUGCAACUACGCCCUGCUGAUUCCGUACAGACACUACCGAUCGUACGAAUUGCCAUCCGGCGAACGCUCGAUUCCCAAUCGGAAGAUAACCACUUUCGACUCUAGACAUCCGUUUAUUUUUCUCGUACGUCGUUGAUGCUGCUGCCGGACGCUGGAGGCUGCAGCGCCAUCGACGCACACUGUAGGGCCCAUUCAAUAUUGCUACUAGUAGACAAAACAAACACCCGCAGUUCGAAUGUCAACAAAUACAACGUGCGUAUACAGUGCUCCUUAUUAGCAUCCUUUUUACUUCUGUACUUUUUAUAAAGCUUUUAAAGCUUAUUUGCCCUUGCAAUCUCGGAAGCCUUAUGAAUUAGCUGUCAGUUUUAUCUUUGCUGCUCUGAUUUAGUGUAGUUGCAUUAGAGCUAUCAAAUGCUUACACCCAAGAGAUGAGCAAGUGAAAUAUGUCACUUCAGAUGCAGGGUUUUAUUCAAUUUGUUUUGCUUCUAAUCAAUGCUAUUCACUUGAAAAAUGGAGAUUGUGUUACACCUGAGGCUAGCCAAGAGGGGCCACUGCGCUCAUUUAAAACUCACAAGGACAUUGUUAUCUUUCAGUACAAUGUUCCAAAGGAAGUGCUUCGUGCUACCUGGCAAUUUUCUGCAUUUAUGGACAACAAGAAUUGCCCACCUCGUACAGUGAAUAUUUUUUUAAAAUGGGGAAGCUAUCCUGCUAUAAAUGUUAAUAAUGCCACUUAUCCAACUCAAAUGUAUCUGGAAAAUAAUACAAUUCAAAUUACUACUAUCACAGCUUUUGAACCAAAAUCCAUGACCAUUAUACCAGUAUACAGUCCAGAACCAGGAGACUGGUUUGUUGGUGCUCAUCUGUCUUCUUGGGAUGAAAGUGUACAUCAAAAAGGCAUAGGACGUGAUUGCCAUUACAGUUUGGGUUCAGUUGGAGUAUGGUCAGAAACUUCUAAUAUAAACAGUAUUCCAUUAGAUUACCAAAUAUCCAUAAGAACCAUUGAAACUAUUUCUUAUUACAAAAUUUACAUCCCAAUGAAUACAUGGACUUUUAAGGUAGAUAUAUGGGAUUGUAAUUUUACAUUAAAAUCUUCACUAAACAUGCAAAAUAAAUGUAUAAAAAAUUUAAGUUUAAAAGCAAGAUCUCUCCCACACUACAAUCAUUCAAAUCUUAGCUCUUUUGGAAGAAUAACAUCAAUGGACAAAUAUACUUUUACUGAGCUUUUUCCAUUUCAAGAUUCUUGGUACUAUCUUAUGGUGGUAUCUGAAAGUGCGAUAAGCUUCAGUGUUAAAGUAACAACUUUUGAGUGCCCGGUCCGAACUUUGGGAGAUACUUAUACAAGACGAUACAUGCACGCGCCAAUAUAUCACACUUCUUCCGAAAAAUUUCACGACGUUGAUUCACAAAAAUCGUAUUUCCAGAGUCACUCUAUGAAUCGGAGCAAUAUACUGUCGAAGAUUAUUUUUGAGAAUCAAUCAUUAUCAGAUUUUGUAGGCGAAGAACGCCAUUCUAAUUCAUGUAUCCCGAGGUAUCGACUGGUGAGAAUUCAAAACCCACAGACUUUUUCUCGGGACUUUUUACUGAGGGGAAGAGAUUGGCUUACAUCGUGGGUAGCUUUAACCGAUGCAUAUCCCAUCAUAACACAAUUUGAUAUUCUGCCACUUAUAGACAUUGGCGGAUCUCUUGAGAUUAACCUAAAUCUCGAAUUAGAUAAGUCUCAGCACAAACAACAAGUGGCAGUAGAUAUUUGCAUAAGUCGUGGACGAGUACCUAAACAAUUAUUAGGAUAUAUCACUUGUGACAAUAUGCGCACGACGAUAAAGUUAUCAACAAGUGGUGUGUACAAUUCUAGUCUUCUAAUACCUUAUCCUCAACCUGAUACAUGGUACAUCGCACUUCAAGCUAUUUGCUAUGUUAACGGAAUAAAAGUACACUGUGAAAUGGAAGAAAUAUUAUUAUCUUUAAGUGUAAAACUGCAAGCGUGCAUUUUCAAAGGGCGCCAGUCUUGUGGUCAAUAUGGAGUUUGUCAAGAAAUACAAAAAGGACUUUUUAUUUAUACGGCUUGCGAAUGCUUUGCAGGUCAUCAAGGAUUAGCAUGUACAGACUCAUCAAAUGCAAUCUCCAAAAUUUCAAUAUUACUUGAGACCUUAGGUCUAACUUUGAGUAAUCUCGCAUUCAUGCCAGCUAUAUACUUGGCAUUUAUACGAAAAUUUUAUACAGAAGGAUUUAUCUACACUUGUACGAUGCUUUUCUCGGCAUUUUAUCAUGCUUGUGAUCAGCAAUCGAUUAGUUUUUGUGUUGCGAAAUAUAAUGUACUUCAAUACUGUGAUUUUUUCUCGGGUAUACUCGCUUUUUGGGUAACCUUUGUAACUAUGGCUGGUUUGCCCGUGCAGUACAUUUCAACCUUUCACAUGAUGGGUGUCAUUAUUAUUACUUUUGGUGUUGAAUCUGACAAGAAUGGACUUGCUAGUUCUUUAAUACCUAUCGUCAUCGGUGUUGCUAUACCACUUUGUUCUUAUACGUAUGACUGUUACAAAAAGAAAAAAAUUUCGAGACCAAAAAGACCAAUCAAAUUAUUAAUAGGACUUUGUUUAGCGGGUUGUGGGGUGCUAUUAUUUUCUCUAAUUGAAACUGAAUCUAACUAUAAGUGCCUGGCACGUGAUUAUAGCGGUGUCUUUAAUUUUUUUACUGCCGUUGGAAAAAGAAAAAAUUCUGACGAAUGAAAUAAAAGAAGAGACAAUACAUUCAAUCAAUAAAAAAUCGUCGGAUGAAUCCCUUUUAGAUAUUGAAGGAAUUCAACGUGACAAUUAUUUAAUUGCAGACCUUAGCUGAUUUCUGGAGUAAAGUAAAAUCAAUGCAGUGUAAAACCA